AUGAUAAAAUUUUUGAGUAAAGAAAUUCAAAUUGGUUUUGAUGAGGUUGUUGGUAAUCCAUAUAAACAUGAUGAUUCUAAGAUGAAUGAAAACUGGGAAAAGUUGCUUAAAGAGAGAGACUUCUUCAUAUAUUCUACUCAUUGGGUAAAUGGUCUUUAUCUAGUUGAUCAAGUUAAUGGUUUUACUAUUCCUAACACUGCCAAUCAAUUAAAUGAGCUUUCGAUCAUAAUUAACGUGAUGCUAGAAUUUAAGUAUCACGUUAUAAACCUUAAAAAUCAUAUUAAUUCACUUCUGAAAGACAAACCUAAAUUUUUUGGAUAUUACAAAACUAUUGGUGAAUUGGCUGUGAAUAAUUCACCAGUCAAGAAAUUACCGGUCAAGAAUACAGUAAAAAGAAAUAAAACAAAGAAAAAGGAAAAACCAAAUAAUAAUUAA